AGUUCCCUUCACAAAGUUGAAAAAGAAGGAAAAAUGGUGGGUGGUGUUUGGGAGGAGAUUGAGGUUAAGGUACCUGCAAGUGAAGCGUGGAAGCUCUACGGCAGCCUCCUACUGACCAAGGUCACGGUCGAAGCGCUUCCCGAUCGCUUCAGCAAAUUCGAGGUCAUAGAAGGCGAUGGCUCCGCUGGAACCAUCCUCCACAUCUUUUUAGCUCCAGGGACUGCGGGGGCAGCGUCAUACAAAGAGAAGUACACGGUGGUGGAUAACGAGAAACGAGUGAAGGAAGUGGAGUUGGUGGAGGGCGGAUUUUUGGAUUUGGGGUUUACAGUUUACAGGGUGCGGGGGGAGGUGAUAGAGAAGGAGGGGAAGAAGGAGGAGUGCAUUGUGAGAGGCAGCAUAGAGUAUGAGUUGAAAGAGGAAGCUGCUGGGAAUGCUGCUUUGGUUUCCAUUGAGCCCCUCCGUGCUAUCAUGCAGAUUGCUGCAGAUUACUUGACCAAAAACUACACCACCAACGUCUGAUGCACAUCCAUCUCCCUCCUACUACUGCUACUCAUUUGAUCUCGU